AUGAGUUAUGAAAAGUCGAAGGAUCUAUUCUUGGGAUUUGAUUUAUCAACCCAACAAUUGAAGAUUAUUGCGACGGAUGAGAAUUUAGAACACUUAGAGACAUUCCAUGUCGAGUUUGAUGAUUUAUAUAAAGAAAAAUAUGGAAUCAAGAAGGGGGUUAUUAGUAACGAUGAUUCCGGUGAAAUUGUAUCUCCGGUUGCCAUGUGGUUGGAUGCAUUGGACCAUAUAUUUGGACACAUGAAAGAAAAAGGAUUUCCAUUCGAUAAAGUAAGAGGUAUUAGUGGAUCUGGACAACAACAUGGAUCAGUAUACUGGUCCAAUAAUGCCCCUACUUUAUUGCAAGGUUUGAAGGCUGAUAGCCCUCUUAGCGAGCAAUUGAAGGGUGCAUUCACAUUUGAAAACUCGCCAAACUGGCAGGAUCACUCCACCGGAGAAGAAAUCAAGACAUUUGAAGAAACAGUGGGUGGUAGUGAUCAUUUGGCAGAGAUUACUGGAUCCCGUGCCCAUUAUAGAUUUACUGGUUUGCAAAUUAGAAAACUAGCAGUUAGAACAAACCCAUCAAAAUAUAGAGAAACUUAUAGAAUCUCGUUGGUUUCGAGUUUCAUGGCUAGUGUACUUUUAGGAAAGAUCACUAAUAUUGAACAAGCAGAAGCUUGCGGAAUGAAUCUCUAUGAUAUCAAGAAGGAUGACUAUGAUGAAGAAUUGUUAUCUUUGGCAGCAGGAGUUCAUUCAGCUAAAGAUGGUGCAACUAAGGAACAAACUGAGGCGGGUGUCUCCGAAUUAAAAAAGAAGUUGGGUGAAAUUAAACCUAUUACCUAUGAAAACGCGGGUGACAUCUCUCAAUAUUUUGUUAAUAAGUAUGGAUUCAAUUCCGACGUUAAAAUUUACUCGUUCACUGGCGAUAAUUUAGCAACAAUAAUUUCAUUACCUUUAGCACCGAAUGAUAUUUUAACUUCUUUGGGUACUUCUACAACGGUAUUAUUAAUUACUAAGAAUUAUAUUCCAUCGUCUCAAUAUCAUUUAUUUAUGCAUCCUACUAUGCCAAACCAUUAUAUGGGUAUGAUCUGUUAUUGUAAUGGAUCGUUGGCGAGAGAAAAGAUUCGUGAUUCAGUAAAUGAGAAGACUGGUGUCAAAGAUUCUAAGAGUUGGGAUAAGUUUAAUGAGUUAUUGGAUUCUUCUGAUACUUUCAAUAAUGAAUUGGGUAUUUAUUUUCCAUUAGGCGAAAUCGUUCCAAAUGCUUCAGCCCAAUAUAAGAGAUGUAAAUUAGAUGACCAGAAUAAAUUGAUUAACGUAGAUUCUUGGGACGUUGAAGAAGAUGUUAGUUCAAUUGUCGAGUCGCAAACUUUGAGUUGCAGAUUAAGAGCUGGUCCAAUGAUAAGUAGUUCUGGUUCUGCUGAUUCCACCCCUACCCCUGAAUCAUCUGAUUCACGCAAAUUAUACCAAGAUUUGCAUCAAAAGUUUGGUGAUUUAUACACUGAUGGUAAGAAACAAACGUAUGAAUCAUUGACUUCUAGACCACAUAAAGUUUUCUUUGUUGGCGGUGCAUCUAAUAAUAUAAGUAUAAUAAAGAAAAUGGGUUCUAUUUUAGGACCUACUGAUGGUAACUAUAAGGUAGAAAUUCCAAAUGCUUGUGCAUUAGGUGGCGCAUAUAAAGCAAGUUGGAGUUAUUUCUGUGAAUCAGAGACGAAGUGGAUUAAUUAUGAUGCUUAUAUCAAUAAGUACUUUAAUUUUAAAGAGUUAGAUACUAUUAAAGUCAAGGAUCACUGGGAAGAUUACUUUACUGGGAUGGGGAUGUUAGCUAAGAUGGAACAAGAAUUAAAGCACGAUUAG